CUUUGCUACAAGUGAAAGUAAAGUCAUCUGUGUCGUUUUAAGCUCCCUUCUGAGGAAACUCAUUUUGUAUCGACUACCUUGUGUGCUUCUCGUGGUUUCAUCUGUGGAAAUGUCUUUGAGCAAAGAGAUAAAGGACCUUCAGAUGCUGGAAAAGAACACGGUGCUGCUGUUGAUCGGUAAAACCGGAUCCGGGAAAAGCGCCACAGGAAACACCCUCUUUAAUGAUCGAGUGUUUGAAUCAGUAAUGAGCUCUUCAUCGGUGACCAGAUUCUGUCAGACACACACUGGAGCUGUUAAUAACAGGAGAGUGACAGUCAUUGAUACUCCAGACUUCAUCUUCUCCACUCACACUGACUUUGAUUCAGACUCAGAGCUGAAGAGAGCUCUUGAAUUAUGUUCAGCAGGAGCUCAUGUGAUCCUGCUUAUUCUGCCUUUAAGCACUUUCACUGAGCAGGAGAUGGAUUUCUUUGGUUGGUUUGAGCAGAAGUUUGGUGCAGAAGCUCUCAGAUUUACUCUAGUGCUCUUCACUCAUGCAGGUCAGAAACACAUGAGGACACUAGCAGAAAUGAUCAGGAUGAAUCCUCAAUUAUCUCCUUUUAUUAACCGAUGUGGUCAGAGAUAUCAUGAGUUUAACAUUAAAGCUCCAGCAAACAGUCGACAGGUGACUGAACUCAUGCAGAAGAUCGACACACUGAUAUCUGAGAACACAAACUCCUGCUACACACUAGACAUGAUGCAGGAGACUGAGAGGAGAAGAGAGGAGAGAGAGAGAGAAGAGAAGGAGAGGAGAGAGAGAGAACACAGAAUGACAUUAGAGAGAGUCAGAAUAGAGACAGAGACACGAGUGAGGAGAGAUAUUGAACAAGAGAGACUGGAGAGAGAGAGAAGAGAAGGAGAGGAGAGAAAGAGAGAACACAGAAUGACAUUAGAGAGAGUCAGAAUAGAGACAGAGACACGAGUGAGGAGAGAUAUUGAACAGGAGAGACUGGAGAAAGAGAGAGAGAGAGAACAACAGAUAGCAUCAGAGAGAGACAGAAUAGAGACAGAGACACGAUUGAGGAGAGAAAAUGAAGCCAGGAAGAGUUUCAAACAUCUGUUCUGGGUUUCUUUACUGGAGGAUCAGCAUCAACUGCAGGAGUUUUCACUGGGAUUCUCUGGAGAUUGA